AUGGCGAGUUUGUGUGUGUUGGUGCUGCUUGUAGCAGCCUCAUCUGUGGUUCAUGGACACGAAAAUAUCGCAGCAGUUGUCAAUCAGAUGAGUUUGCUUGAGAAAGAAAUUAACCAUCUGAAAGUGGAACUGAACCACUUGAAAUCUGACGUUCCAGGAAUGGAGACGAGAGUCAUAAAUAAUAUGGACAUUUUGGAGUUACUGCUGAGAUCGGAUUUGACAGAGAAGAUUGUACCUUCCUAUAUGCGUAGUCAAAUAGAGUCGUUGGAUGACACGGUAAACAGUCACGUGAUGUCCCAGAUUAGACACCUCAAGCGUGGAUAUCAGCAGAUGAAGCGACAGACACUGAGUCUCACAAGACAGUUGAGGGAGGUCGGGCAGACUAAAACAAGACAACCACUGGACACUGUGAAAGACAAAGAUGCAUGUGAACAGCAGGUGAGUGAACUAAAGACAGAGUUGAACCUGACACGCCAUCACGUGACCCAUGUUGAAAAGGAUUAUUGGUCUACGGAAUAUUCUUCUGCUGAGUGUAUACUCGUAGCCAGGGAACCUGGGGUGCCUGAGGUGGCGGGGGAACGUGGGGUCCCUGGGGUUGCGGGUAAAGCUGGUGUCCGUGAGAUGGCGGGGAAAGCUGGGGUCCCUGAGGUGGCGGGGAAAGCUGGGGCGGCGGGAAAAGCUGGGCUCCCUGGGGUGGCGGGGGAGUAUUGGCUCCCUGAGGUGGCGGAGAAAGCUGGGGUCCCUGAGAUGGCGGAGAAAGCUUGGGUCCUUGAGAUGACGGGGAAAGCUGGGGUCCUUGAGAUGAGGGGGGAAGCUGGGCUCCUUGAGAUGGCGGGGAAAGGUGGGGUCAGUGAGAUGGCGGGAGAACCUUGGGCUCCCUGUGGUGGCGGGGAACCUGGGCUCCUUGAGGAGGCAGAAUAG